ACAAGGAUUUAUUUCACUGAAGGCUUAUAUUUGAACAAUAAGAAAGAACUAGAGUCCUGAAUUACUGACAAUCCCGCAUUGGUAGAAAUAGAACGUGACUUGAUAUUAAAUGGUAUUAUAUAUUAAUUGAAGCAGGUAACUAGAAACCUAUUGGUUUUUAGUUGAUAUAUAAAGAUUUUAAUAACUCUUGUGCAAAUAAGAAUGUACUUCCGGAUCAUUAUACUCUUAUUGGCAUACAUUAUACUGGAAUUUGCGUUAACCGAGGGUUUAAGAUGUUUAACUUGUGAAAAUGCUGACAGCAUAGAAGAGUGUGAUAGACUUGGAAAUAUAACUCUAUGCGAUGAAAAUCAGGACUCGUGCGAAAUGGUAGUUCGAUACAAUGGAGGUUGGCAGCUUUCAUCUCAAAUAAAAGUUUUUAAAUUUUGUAAGCAAUCUCACGCUUGUGCACAAAAUCAACUCCAGAACUCAAAAGAAGCAUGGGCCAUGACUCAAUGUAAUCCGAAAUAUCCAGAUACCGUUUGUCGAUGUUGCUGUGAGGGUGAUGAGUGUAACAGAGGCGAUUUGAAAUGCUUGACAAUGGAAGAGCCACCGACGUGUUUUCCAUCUCUCCCACAGCCUGAGAACGGGAAGAUUCAUUGUAGUGAUGGAAGCAACGUAGGAAGUGUCUGUACUUCUGAAUGCAAACGUGGAUAUUACAUAAGUGGAUCUUCAGUCUCAAAAUGCCAAGAUAACAAACGAUGGACAUAUGCUCCAGCUACGUGCGAAUCAUCUAUUUGUCCAGAUUUGAAACUAAUACAACAUGGAAAUUACAUAUGUUCCAAUGAAAAAUACGUUGGGAGUAUUUGCAGUUUUUCCUGCAAGUCCGGAUAUCGACUAGUAGGGCCGGAAUUAUCAAUUUGUCAAGCUGCUGAGUCUGGCGGUGAUGAAGGAAUUUGGACAACCGGUGGACAAUAUUGUGAACGAAAGCGCUGUGAUAACCAACUAAGUGCACCAAAGUACGGGAAUAUUACAUGUUCAGAUGAAGAUUUUGUUGAUUCGAAUUGUAUUUUCACUUGUGGCGACGAAUAUGAGUUGGUUGGACCGACUGAGGUCUUGUGCGUAGAAGGAUCAAUGUAUUCAAAUCCACACUGGGAUUAUGAAGCACCAUCUUGUAAAAGAAAAGAAUGUCGAAAUUCACCUAGAUUUCCAUCGAACGGCUACAUGGUGUGUACCGACGGGAAGUUCAUGAAUUCAAUUUGUGAAUUCUUUUGUGACGAAAAUUUUUAUCUGAUGGGACCGGUUAUUACCGUUUGCACAAACAUUCAAUACUCAGAGCUGACAGGAGAAAAAACUACGAAAAAAUAUCCGUCAUGGAGUGAAAAAACACCAGCUUGCAAGAGAAAAUACUGCAAAUCUUUACCGAAACCACCAUCGAAUGGCGGCACUUAUUGCAAUGAUGGUCAUUAUCUGGGAUCAGUCUGUUCUUUCUCGUGUGAUGAAUCCUAUUACUUGAUCGGUGCAGGAUCUUCGACAUGUAUAGAAGGAAAGUCUGACGACAUGCCUCAUUGGGAUGAAGAGACGCCCGAGUGUAAAAGAAAACGCUGUGGCAACCCGCCAGAUGCCCCACUGAACGGAGAGCUGAAAUGUUCAGAAAAAGAUUUUCUAGGCUCGGUAUGUGAGUUCACUUGUGAGAAGGAUUAUCACAGAAAUGGAAACCAGCUCACAACCUGUUCAGAAGAUGGAAAUGGGAAGCUAUCUUGGGACAGAGCUGCUCCCGAAUGUAUAAGAAAAGAAUGUUCAUCCAAUCCGAAAGCGCCAACAAAUGGAUUUGUUAUCUGCAGUGACAUGAAAUUUUUAGGAUCGGUUUGCCAAUUUAGUUGUGGACAUGCUUACGAUAUUGUUGGUUCUGAAAUAUCAACAUGUAUGGAAGAGUAUGAAACACAUAUGUUAAAAUGGGAUAAUGAAUAUCCCGAAUGCAUAAGGAAGGAAUGUUCGUACAUGCCUAAAAUUCCGGCACACGGAAGCAUGUCUUGUUCAGAUAAGAAGUUUUACGGAUCAGUAUGUACUUUCACAUGUUAUGAUGAUUAUAAACGAAUUGGACCGUCUUACAUUAUGUGUGAACUGUCGGAAGAAGUCAACCCCAAACCUAAAUGGGAUUUCGAAUCGCCAUAUUGUGAAAAAAAAAAGUGUGAUGCCAUACAAAUACCAGACAACGGCUUCAUCGACUGUACUGAUGAUAAAUAUAUUGGAUCCAAAUGCGUGUAUGGAUGCGAUGAAACUCACACAUUAGUAGGAGAUACACAAACUAUUUGUGAAGAAGAUUCUAACGGAUAUAUGAAAUGGAAAACCCAAGCACCAGUCUGUGAAUUAAUCACAUGUCCUGUACUGAGGAAUCUCAAGUUUGGAGAAGUAAACUGUACAGAUGGACACAAGGUAAACUCGGAAUGUAAAUUUCAAUGUACCGGAGAUGGCUACAGUUUAUAUCCGGGAAGAAGAGACUCGAUAAAAUGCAAGUAUGACGCUAUGUGGUCUGCCAAGCCCCCAUGUUGUGCUCGUUCAUGUCCUCCUUACGCUCUCAUGGAUCUUAUUGUUAUUCUGGAUUCUUCGUCUUCCAUUGGGGCAUCCAGCUGGAAAGUGAUGUUGAAGUUUGUAAAUAGCAUAUUUGACUUGUUUAUUGUGCAACCAGACGCCAUGAAUUUUGGAGUUGUUCGAUACAAUAGAAAAGUCGACACGAAAACAAGAAUUAACUUGAAUGAAUGCCCUGGAAAUGUAACUAUGCUGAAACAACUAGUAUCAAAAUUACCAUACAAUGGACAGGGUACCUGGACUGGCCAAGCAAUCUCAUACGUUCAUGAACACAUGCUCAAGCCCGAAUACGGAAAUCGAGAAAAUGCCCCGGAUGUUGUGCUCGUAAUUACUGACGGAAGAUCACAAGACAGCGUGAAAGAACCUGCAGAAGAAUUGCGAAGAUCUGGAGUUCUGACAUUUGCCCUCGGAAUCACGCCAGGAAAUGGAAAUCUUGACUACGAUCAAUUGAUGGAUAUUGCUGGAUCAGAAUCAAGACUAUCCUUGGCAGAAUAUGGAUUUGGAACACUGACUCCUGAAUUUGCGAGAGAAAUAAGUCGAACCAUCUGUGGAGAUCCUUGCGAACAUCAGUAAAAAAAUCAUCUUUCAACAUUUUGAAGAAAACUUUUUUUAAAACAUAAAAAUGUAAUCAUUUUUCAGAGUACAAAACUCGUUUUUCAAUUAAUAUUGAUUCUUCGCUGUAUCAUUAUAGUCAAUCAUAUAAUAUGGCCAUUACACUAUAAAUGUGCUUCGCUUCUAAUAUACGUAUUGUGAUACUGGAGGUACAAUAGCGAUGUUUAAUUUGUUUUUUUUUCAUUUUAUUUAUUGGCAUGAAAAACUUUUCUAAUUUUAGCACAAUACAAGUUAGAUUUAUUGUAUAAA